AUGGGUCUUGCGGCGGCAUCUGUUGGCAUACAAGUAGCGUGGAGAAGCGGCAUUUCUCUUCUAAACCAGCCAUUAGAAAGGGAUGUUUUGUGGAUCUUCCUUUAUGACAUAGCCAUUUGGACGGAGUUGGGUACAAAUUUAGACAAAUAUUGCCUUUUUUACCUGUUCAAUACAACGUUCUGUUAUGCAGAUCGGCAAUUGUCCUCGGUCUGCUGCCACUCUUCGCUCGUCGCCCAUAGACGUAUCUCAAUAUGAGCUCCGUAGAUGUUCUGUUCGACCAUCUCACUUAUCCUAUUCAUGGAGGCAUUUGAUAGAAUCAAAAACUUGUAAAUCACGCACCAAGUCACAAACCAAUCUCGCUAUCACAUCUUCAAUCCUAACAGGCAUCAAUCCCACCAAACCAACCACUCCCCCCAAACACAAAUCCUACAAACCCCUUCCAUUCCCUCGCAACAACACGGGAAGCCUAUCCUCAAACAAGCAACCGCACACUCAUUCGCUCCGUCCACAUGGAAAAAAACCCUUCUUAGACCCACACAACCCGAACGCCACGCCAUGGCAUGCCAUGUGGCCCAUCCAGCCCGGCGGGAACGGGGACCCAACCAGCCAUUGCAAUACCUCGUGCGUACUCUACAUACGCCAACCGAUAGGUCGGUUCCAGCGAGCGCCUCGCCGUCAUAGCAAUAGGCGACUCUCCUGCUCGUGGGACUCUCAAUGCCGAGGGUCAGCCCUGUAUGAAUUUCUUUUCCUUUAGCUUGAGCCUCUUGACUAGAGGGACGCUUGCGCCUAUAUUGAGGCUGUUUUUAUUUGUUGAUGAGUUCGUCGCGGCGUACACGUCUCGUUUAACCUGCAUUGCGUGGUACGCAUGCGUCCUCGCCGCGGUGUUGUAGAAUCGUCGACUACCUUACUUACCCAUAGUAUACAUACAUACGA